UCUUUCUCUUGAGUCUCUUCCCCUCUCUCUUAGUAUCUCUGUCUAAAACCUUUCAUUUUCUUUGGUUUCAUGGAUUUGGUUAUGAUGACAAAGGAUUCCAACUGGUGGGUAUUUACACUACCAGCAUUUCUUGGUUCGAAAACUUUUCUUGACGAAUAUGUUAUCAUUUCCAUUGUUUUAGCCUUUCUGUCAAUCACUCUAAUCACCUGGGCUUGUUCCCCCGGGGGUGUAGCUUGGAAAAAUGGUCGUAACCAUAGUGGAAAAAUCCCAAUUCCUGGACCCCGUGGAUUUCCAAUUAUCGGUAGCCUUUUCACUCUAAGCCGCGGCUUGGCUCAUCGCUCUUUAGCCUCCGCGGCUUGGACUCAAAAAGCUAAACAGCUUAUGGCUUUUAGCCUUGGUUCCACCCCUGUAGUUGUGUCCUCCGAUCCUCAAAUAGCUAAAGAGAUUCUAACUUCUCCUCAGUUUGCUGAUCGCCCCAUUAAACAAUCCGCUAAGAGCCUUAUGUUUAGCCGAGCCAUCGGGUUCGCUCCUAAUGGAACUUAUUGGCGUUUGCUGCGCCGUAUUGCUUCGUCGCAUCUCUUUGCACCAAAGCGAAUUGCGGCGCAUGAAACGGGCCGUCAACUUGACUGCUCCGUUAUGAUACGUGACAUAGUAAAUGAACAGUUGGAAAAUGGGACAGUUUCUUUGAGGAAACAUUUACAGUUGGCUGCUUUGAAUAAUAUAAUGGGAAGUGUUUUUGGAAAACGCUAUAAUAAAAAUGGCAAAGAGCUAAAGGAGUUGCAAGAUAUGGUGAAGGAAGGAUUUGAAUUAUUGGGUGCUUUUAAUUGGUCUGAUUAUCUUCCGUGGCUGAGGUUUUUCUAUGACCCUUCCGGUAUUGUCCAACGUUGUGAAGCUCUUGUGCCACGUGUACGAAAGCUUGUCAAAGCCAUUAUUGAGGAACACAGGUGCAGUGCUGAAUCCAAAACGGUGUCGGAUAAUGCAGAUUUUGUGGACGUUCUUUUAUCUCUUGAUGAAGCAGAAAAGCUAGAGGAAGAUGACAUGGUUGCCAUUCUAUGGGAAAUGAUUUUUAGAGGAACUGAUACUACGGCACUCUUAACGGAGUGGGUUAUGGCUGAGCUUAUAUUACACCCUAAGGUGCUGAAGAAGUUACAAAAAGAAGUUGAUGAUGUCACAAUGGGUAAAGCCGUGACUGAUGCUGACGUUGCUCGGAUGCCAUACUUACAGGCAAUUGUGAAGGAGACUUUAAGGGUUCAUCCACCAGGUCCACUUCUCUCCUGGGCAAGACUUUCUACAACUGACGUUCAACUAAGCAAUGGCAUGGUUGUUCCCUCUCAUACGGCAGCAAUGGUUAACAUGUGGGCUAUUACACAUGAUUCCGAUGUGUGGGAAAAUCCACUUGAGUUCAAGCCUGAGCGUUUCAUGGAGGCUGAAGGUGGUGCGAAUGUUGACGUGAGAGGUGGUGACCUCCGCUUGGCACCGUUUGGGGCAGGGAGGAGAGUGUGCCCGGGGAAGAAUUUAGGAUUGGUCAUAGUGAUGCUGUGGGUGGCCAAGUUGCUGCAGAAUUUCGAGUGGGUCCAGGAUGAAAUCCAUCCAGUUGACUUGGAAGAAGUUCUGAAAUUAUCUUGUGAGAUGAAGAAUCCCCUUGUUGUUAUGGCCAUUCAGAGGAAUGUUCCGUUUUAGGGUUCUCUGUGUGUCUUAUUUUUAUUUCUAUUUUUUUAUAUUUUCCUACAUCUCUGAACCUUAUAGGUGAAUUUGGAUUGGCAAAUUUGGGGCACGAUAUGAUAUUCCUGCAUACAGUUACAAGCUGUUCUUGUGUCAAAUAUGAAAGCCAGUCGAACGUGGACUCCAAUUUUGAACCUAUGUAGAGAUUCCUGUGACCUUGUGCAUUCUUGUUUUGGAAGAAAAUUAUUAUGUUUUAUUGCAAAUCAGUGAUUUGUAAUAAUAUUUAUUGU